AUGGGUCUGGGCAGCAAGGUGCAGGGCUUGGCCACAGCUGGUCCUGCCCCUCCUUCCAAGCCCACCCCAGCCGGAACAGACUGUCACAUGGGUAGUUUCAGUCUGUCACAAUGAGAGCUAGAUGCCUUUAAGAAAACCAAAGAGGUGUUAGAAGAAUCAUUUCAGAAAGACAUUUGGGGCAGCACCAACCCCUUUCCCAGAGCCUGGGACCUGGGCCAGCAGCAGGUGCAGGAGCGCCCCAAGGCCUUGCAGGCUGAGGUGGCCCUGACACUCAAGGUCUGGGAGAACAUGACUGACUCCGCCCUGGCCACCCUCCUGGACCACCCCUUUCACACACUGAGCCACAUUCACUCCCAGCUGCAGACCUGUACACAGCCUCUGCCCACAGCAGAGCCCAGGCCCCCGAGCCGCCGCCUCUCCCGCUGGCUGCACAGGCUCCAGGAGGCCCAGAGCAAGGAGAGCCCUGGCUGCCUGGUGGACUCUGUCACCGCCAACCUCUUUGGCCUGCUCCUCCGGGACCUCAAGCGUGUGGCCAGUGGAGACCAGUGUGUCUGAGUAUGGCGGCCCGGCGUAUCCCAUCCAGGACUCUGAACUCAGUCCCACCCCACCUUAAUGUAUUUCCUCUCACCUUUUUGAAGCUGCAACCCAGGCUGGGUUUAUUUUUCUACUUUUAUACAGUA